AUGGGUGGUUGUCGGGUUUUGGGUCAGGCCUGGGGUGGCUGGCGGCGGGGUCUGGGGAUCCGUGCAACGCCCACAGCCGCAGGCUUUGGCACCAAGGCCCGGCAUCAGCUGCAACGUCGAGGCGCCAGCAAACCGUCGGAUCCCCCGGGUGACCAGCCUUUCCCAGGACUACUGAGACCAGAGACCUUCAGUCGGGAAGAACUGGUCGAUGUAUUGAGGGCGGCUGUGGUGGACCGUAAAGGACCUCUGGUGACACUGAACAAGCCACAGGGUCUGCCAGUGACAGGAAAACCAGGAGAGCUGACGUUGCUGUCAGUGCUGCCAGAACUGGGCCGGUCCCUGGGGCUCGGGGAGCAGGAGCUCCAGGUUGUCCGAGCAUCUGGGAAGGAGGCCUCUGGGCUUGUGCUCCUCUCCAGUUGUCCCCAGACAGCAAGCCGCCUCCAGAAGUUCUUCACUCACUCACAGAGAGCCAGGAGACCCACAGCCACCUACUGUGCUGUCACUGAUGGGAUCCCAGUUACUUCUGAAGGGAAGAUCCAAGCAGCUCUGAAACUGGAACACAUUGAUGGGGUCCAUCUCGUUGUUCCAGUGCAAUCCCCAUCCCGAAAGGACAUCAUGGAAGGUGUCAAGAGGACCCUUAGCCACUUCCGUGUGGUUGCCACGGGCUCUGGCUGUGCCCUGGUCCAGCUGCAGCCACUGACAGUGUUUCCCAGCCAGCUACAGGCACACAUGGCCCUGCAGCUCUGCCCUGUGCUUGGGGAUCACACAUACUCUGCCCGCGUGGGCACUGUCCUGGGCCAGCGCUUUCUUCUGCCCGUCGAGAGCACCAGGCCCCAAAGACAGGUCCUGGAUGAAGCCCUCCUUGGCCGCCUCUGCCUGACCCCCUCCCAGGCCGCCCGGUUGCCCCUGCACCUCCAUCUGCACUGUCUUCACCUCCCAGGCGCCAGGCCCAGGGACCCACCCAUUGAGCUUCUGGCCCCUCUGCCCUCUUACUUCUCCAGGACCCUGCAGUGCCUGGGGCUCCACUACCAAUAG